GGCGACGGCGGCCGUGCCGUUGACGUGGCGCGCGCGGCCCCGCCAGGCUCCACGCCCUCGGGUCCCUGCGCGCGCCCAGGAGCUGGGGUUCCUCUGGUCAGCCGCGGUGACGCCGAGGAAGGGGGAGGUGGGGCUCCGCCUCAGCAGAGGGAGCUGGGAGGCGGGAGGCUGGGAGACUGUGGAGCUGCAGGAUGGCUGGGAGAGAAAAGGGACUGGAUUCUGGGCGGCGCCAAGGCUGUGCGGGGGCGCGCUCACCGCCGGCGAGGCAAAGGCGGCCACGUCCCGCUCCCCCCGGCUGAAGAAGCCGCCCCGGGUGUGUCCUCUGGGCCUCCAGACAUGUCCGAGGUGAAGAACAGGAAGAAAUCUGGGCCCAAGGGAGCCCUCGCGGACCCCGGCAAGCGGAGCGAGGGCGGCCAAAGCUCAGAGGCCCAGGGCGGCCGAGGCGGGGGCUGGGCAGACCCCCGGACGGGCCUGAGCCUCCUGUCGCUGGGGACGUGCCUGGGCCUGGCCUGGUUUGUAUUUCAUCAGUCAGAAAAGUUUGCAAAGGUGGAAAGCCAGUAUCAGUUACUGAAAUUAGAAACCACCGACUUCCAAGGACUUCAAAGGAAAAUCAGUUUAAUUUCAGAAAAGCUUGAGUCUACUGAAAGUAUCCUGCAGGAAGCUACAUCAUCCAUGUCUUUGCUGACCCAGUUUGAACAGGAAGUAUCCAGCCUCCAAAGUAUCAUGCAUGACAUUCAAAAUAAUGAAGAAGUGCUCACUCAAAAGAUGCAAAACCUUAAUCAAAAACUCCAGAAUAUUACAGAUUUCUGGAAGAGAAGCCUAGAAGAAAUGAAUGUUAACACAGACAUUUUCAAAUCAGAAGCAAAACACAUACAUUCUCAAGUUACUGUCCAAAUCAACUCUGCUGAGCAAGGAAUAAAAUUGCUCACUGAACGGCUAAAAGAUUUGGAAGAUAGCACACUAAGAAAUAUUAGAACAGUAAAAAGACAAGAAGAAGAGGAUCUUCUGAGAGUAGAAGAGCAGCUUGGCUCUGAUACAAAAGCAGUUGAAAAGCUAGAAGAGGAGCAGCACGCUCUCUUUGCCAGAGAUGAAGAUCUGACUAAUAAACUUUCCAACUAUGAACCGAAAGUUGAAGAAUGCAAGACACAUUUACCAACAAUUGAAAAUGCUAUUCGCUCUAUUCUCAGAGUCUCUCAGGAUCUGAUAGGAACAGAAAAGAAAAUGGAAGACUUGACUUUGCAGAUGUUUAAUAUGGAAGAUGAUAUGCUGAAAGCAGUAUCUGAAAUAAUGGAGAUGCAGAAAACCCUUGAAGGAAUGCAGUAUGACAAUAGCAUACUAAAGAUGCAAAAUGAACUGGAUGUUCUAAAAGGAAAAGUUCGUGACUUUGCAGCAUAUUCAAGUACAAAAGAAAAGGGAAUUCUAGAAGAUCAUACUCUAGAAAAUAAAAGAAUUGAUGAUGACUUUUAAAUUCACAUUUAUUCUGAUGACCUAUAUCAUUAUAUGUAAAUUGAUCAGUUUCAUGUUUUUGGGUUAUUUGAAAAUGCCUCACUUUAUCCUGCAUUAUUGGAAGAUAGGUGAGAUAUCUACACACAUGGAUUAUCCACAUAAUUAGAGCUUAUAUUUUUAACUAAAACAUUUUUUGUUUUUAUCAUUUAAAAUAGAAAAAAUUUGCAAAUAUACAUUUCUCUAUUUUAAAACAAUAUGUUUAGUGUUUUGAAAACAUUUUUCUAAUAAUGAAUGAGCGUCAUUAUUAAUUUCACGUACUAUUUUGGGCCCAAAUACACUGCUGUCUCUAGGAACUAUUAAACAGUUUUUACCAUUUCAUUAAAUUACUGUUUUUCAAACCUGUGUCUAUAUCUUAUACCUUUUCUAUCAACUUACCUUGCUGUCAGGUUAGUUGGGAAUAUGCCUGUUUCAGCCAUAUUCUUCAUGUUCCUUUGUAAUUCACUGCAGGCUGAAAAUCCAUAUAACCAAGUUCAUAGGAAUUUUGUUCAAAUAAAAGUUAAUGUGCCUGAGGGAGAGCCUGGAGGCUUUGCUAUGAAUUACUAUGCACUUUCUAGAAAUUAUAAAGCCUGGAGCCGGUGCCGCGGCUCACUAGGCUAAUCCUCCGCCUUGCGGCGCCAGCACACUGGGUUCUAGUCCUGGUCGGGGCACCGGAUUCUGUCCCGGUUGCCCCUCUUCCAGGCCAGCUCUCUGCUGUGGCCAGGGAGUGCAGUGGAGGAUGGCCCAAGUCCUUGGGCCCCCACCCCAUGGGUCUCCCACCCCAUGAUGGGAGACCAGGAGAAGCACCUGGCUCCUGCCUUCGGAUCAGCAUGGUGCGCCGGCUGCAUCGCAGUGGCCAUUGGAGGGUGAACCAACGGCAAAGGAAGACCUUUCUCUUUCUCUCUCUCUCUCACUGUCCACUCUGCCUGUCAAAAAAAAAAGAAAUUAUAAAGCCUGGGAAAUGAUUUCUUUUUUGUUAAGGUUCUAAACUGUGUUACAGAUACUAGUAAGAAAUUUUAAAUACACUUAAAUAUGUGCUUAUUUAAGACCUUCCUUAUGAAUUGUGUUAUGAGCUUUUGGAUUAUCUUCAUAUACAUGGGCUUUUUAAUAGAAAGCUUUUAUUUAAUAAAUAUAAAUUUUAUAGGUACAACUUAUGGAUUAUAGCGGUUCUUCCCCCCAUACCCACCCUCCCACCUCCAAACCGUCCCACCUCCUACUCCCUCUACCAUUAAGGUUCUGUUAGACUCUUGAGUUUGCUAGAUAUAUGAUCUCUAGAUAAACGAGUCUACUUAAAAUAAAAAUACACUAACAAACUUAUGAAAAGGAAAGGCAGCAUUAUAAUAAAUGGUGACAAAUGUGAUAUUACAAAUAUGAUAUUACAAGUAUGUCAUUAAGGGCCAGCACUAUGAUGUAGUAGAUUAAGCCGCCACCUGCAGCAUCCCUUAUGGACACUGGUUCAUGUCUGGGCUGCUCCUCUUCCAAUUGAGUGCUUUGCUAAUGGGCCUGGGAAAACAGUGUAAGGUGGCCCAAGCACUUGGGCCCCUGCACCCGCGUGUGAGACCCAAAGAAGCUCCUGGCUCCUGUUAUCAAGUUUAAUAACAACUUUAUUUGAACUUAUAUAUACCCUGGUAAUGGUUAUAGAGAGUAAAUAAAAACAAGAUGACCACUGUACUCUAUAGUGACAUUUACAAGGGAAGCGAAAACUUGUACUUCUACCUUAUUACAUGAGUAAAUUAUUGAAAUAUAUUUACAUGUAGAUGUUUGUGUCUCUGUGUAUUCCUUUACUAAGCAGGUUUUCCUGUUUUUAAAAAACUGCAUUAGGGACCAGUGUUACAGUGGGCUAAGCCGCUGCCUACAAUGCUGGCAUCUCAUAUGGUACCAGUUUCAGCCCCUGCUGUUAUGGCCAUCUGGGGAGUGAACCUGUGGAUGGAAGAUAUCUUUCUCUGUCUCUCCCUCUUUCUCUGGAAUGCUGCCAUUCAAAUAAAUAACUAAAAAAGAGAGAAAGAGAGAGAGAGAGAGAGAAAGACUCCCUAGAGAUAAAUACACUCAUAUGUCUUCCUCUGUUUCUUCGAUUCAUUUAUUUCAAACUUGAAAUUUCAAAAACUUCCCUGUAUGUCAGAUAUUAAAUUACAUUGUUCAUCUUUUCUUUAAGGAAAACUACCAAUAUCCUAAGACUCAUUUUCUUAGCUUUGUAAUUAAUGAAAAAUUCUAUCAAUUAUGAAGCAGCACUUGGGUUGCCCCCUGGCACCCCUCUCCAUUCCAGAUUCCUGCUAAUGCGCACCCUGGGAAGCAGCAGGUGAUAGCCCUAGUACCUGAAUCCCUGCCACCAACCAAGGAAACCCAGCCUGAGUUCCAGGCUCCUGGUUCCAACUUGGCACCAACUUGUGAGCAUUUGGGGAGUGAACCAGUAGAUGGAAAAAUCUCUGCAGGGCUUUCUUUCUGCCUUUCAUAUUUAUUUUUUUUUUAAUUUUAAACUACAAUUUCAAGACUAUUACACUAUAAGCUACCAAGUGAGACAAAGAGGUUUACCAGCAGCUCCCUAAUCUGAUCCUUCUAAGAAGCAGCUAAGCUCUUUCCGAGGUGCUGGAAUUAUGUAAUGCUCUUAAGCUACAGUUACUCUGCCAGAAUGGAUACGUAAUAAAAUGUGACCGAAAAAUCAAAUAGAUGAAAGUAGGCUACCUACUCCUUUCACCCUUGGGAGACUGUUUCAGCAAAUACACUGUAUUAGAGAACGUUCUCCUUAAAAAUAAAACAUGGUUUUGCAAUUACUAGUUGAUUUCCUUCCUAAUUGAAGCUACUCCUUAAUGUCCUAUCCCACAAUAACAUUUUCACAAAGCUGAUUUCUCUAACAAAAACAGUUUGAAUCACCUCCUCCAUGAAUGAUUAACAUAAUGUAAAGCAAUUGAAGAGAAAAAAAUCCUAAAAUACGUUUUAAAACCAAACAUAUGAUGGCCAAGGAAGGAAUUGCUACUUUGACUUCACUGUCAUACUGUCCCAUUUCAGCACUUCACCAUAAUUCUUUUGCACCUAUUUAAAGUUAAAACUAUUUACAACCAUUUAAAGUUAAAACUGCCAUCAAAACAAUAUUCUGAGCAAAUUAUGUUUUUAUUUGCAUUGAACUAAAUUUAUGUUAAUAAAAAUAGCUGAGUAAGCCAAAUUCAACUUAAGAAAGAUAAUUCACAAAGAAAUACACAUUUUGGCCUGCGCCGCGGCUCACUAGGCUAAUCCUCCACCUUGCGGCGCCGGCACACGGGGUUCUAGUCCCGGUCAGGGCACUGGAUUCUGUCCCGGUUGCCCCUCUUCCAGGCCAGCUCUCUGCUGUAGCCAGGGAGUGCAGUGGAGGAUGGCCCGAGUACUUGGGCCCUGCACCCCAUGGGAGACCAGGAUAAGUACCUGGCUCCUGCCAUCGGAUCAGCGUGGUGUGCCAGCCGCGGCAAAAGGAAGACCUUUCUCUCUGUCUCUCUCUCACUGUCCACUCUGCCUGUCAAAAAAAAAAAAAAGAAAGAAAGAAGGAAAAGAAAUACACAUUUUAAGAAAAAAAGUUUCUUUUAAACUACAAAUUUAAUUUUGUAAAGAUGUUUUGCAUUUUGCAUUUUGUUUUAUUCUUGCUCUCUGAGUUUCAAAUUAUCCAUUUAUAGACAUUCUACAUCCAAACUAUACUACAAGCUCUCAGAAAGUAGAGACUAUUCUCUUUUUUCUUAAUAUUUUAAAUUUGAACAGUAGAGAGAGAACUUGCAUCCACUGCUUCACUCCCCAAAUUCCUGCAACAUCUGGAGCUAGGCCAGGAACUCCAUCUGGGUCUCUCACAUUGGUGGUAGGGACCCAAGUACUUGAGCCAUCAAAUACUGCCUGCCAGGACUUGAACCUGGUGCUCUGAUAUGGGAUGCAGGCAUCCUAGGUGGCAUUUUAACCAACGCAUCAAACACCUACUGCCCCCCUUCGUUUCUUUUCUUCUUUUUUUUUUUUUUAAGAUAUAUUGAUUGAUUUGAAAAGCAGAGUUGACAGAGAGAGGGAAAAAUGGUGGGGGAGGGAGGAAGUGGGUGUUUGGUGUUUCCAUCUGCAGGUUCACUCCCCAAAUGUCCACAAUGGCAGGAACUGGUCAAGUCCAAAUCCAGGAGCCAGGAGCUUCUUCAGGGUUUCUCAUGUGGGUGCAGGGGUCCAAGGACUUGGGCCAUCUUCCACUGCUUUCCCAGGCACAUUAGCAGGGAGUUGAUGGAAGCAGAGCAGCCAGCUCAAACCUGUACCCAUUUGGGAUGAUAGCACUGCAGGCAGCAGCUUUAUCCAUUACACCACAACACCAGCUCCCUUUAUUCAUUUAUUUUUACUUUAUUUGAAAGGCAGCGUAGGGGAGAAUCUUCUACUUUAAAACAUAGUCCUGGGGCUAGCACUGUGGCGUAGCGAGUAAGGUCGCCGCCUGCAGUGUGGGCAUCCCAUAUAGGUGCUGGUUCGAGUCCUGGCUGUUCCACUUCCAAUCCAGUUCUCUGCAGUGGCCUGGGAGAGCAGUAGAAGAUGGUCCAAGUCCUUGUGUCCCUGCACCUGUGUGGGAGACCCAGAAGAAGCUCUGGCUCGUAGCUUCAGAUUGGCCCAGCUCCAGCUGUUGCAGCCAUUUGGAAGAGUGAACCAGGGGAUAAAAGAUCUCUCUGUCUCUUCCUCUCUGUCUGUAACUCUGCCUCUCAAAUAAAAUUAAAAAUAAAUAAAUAAAUAAAUACAACUGCCCCGUUACCACACACACACACACACACACACACUCUCACACUUAAAACCCAAAA